AUGAGCGCAAACCGUGGCGCCAAAAUCGUCCUUAACUGGCUCGAGCGCUCCCGCGCCCAACGCAUCGCCUGGCUAAUGGAGGAGCUACACCUCGACUACUCCAUCCAGCCCUUCAAGCGCAACCCAACAGGCACUGCACCAGCAGAACUGAAGAAAAUCCACCCACUGGGAAAGUCACCCACCAUUUCCAUCCAGCCGCCCUCUCCCACCUCCAAACCGAUUAUACUGGCCGAGACGACCCCAAUCAUGAGUUACCUAGUCGAGCAUUUCGCCGACGAAGCCACCGGCGCCAAACUCAUUCCCAGGAAAUACGAGCCCGGAAAGGAGCGAGAGCUAGGCGGCGAAACAGAGGCAUGGAUGCGGUAUCAAUAUUACAACAGCUAUGUGGAGGGUAGUUUGAUGAGUGUUUUGCAGGUAAAAUUGGUUUUUGAUGCGUUGCAAAAUGCUCCCAUCCCAUUCUUCCUCAAGCCCAUCAUAAAUUUCAUCGCAUCGAAAGUCAACUCCGAGUUCCUGGACCAGGAGUUCAAGACUCAUUAUGGGUUCCUGGAAGAACAGCUUGCCACGGCUCCUGACGGGGGACCGUAUAUUUGUGGGAAAGAUCUCAGUCUUGCGGACAUUCAGUUGAGCUUGCCGGUGUUUAUGGGGUUGAUGUUGGGGGCUAUAUCGAAGAGUGAAUAUCCGCUGUUACAUGGGUAUGCAGAGAGACUGAAGCGGGAGCAGGGGUAUAGGAGGGUGGUGGAGAGAGCAGCAGAGGUUGGGGAGGGGGCUAUGUUGGAGUAG